CUGUCAAAAAUAAAAACUCUCUGAACAGCGUUGAAAGUGAGAUGUGAUAAAGAUUCAAAUAUUUUUUUGUUCUAUUACUUUAUUUUCCAGGAGCGAUCAAUAAAAUAAAAUAUAAUUGGAAUGGGGUCGGUAAAAAGUACACUAUCAAAUAUUCUAUACAUAUCUGAAAAGGUAACAUUAUGUGUGACGUGUACAGCUUUAAUAGCUUGUUUGAUGAUCAUGUUUAGUGUUACUUUGGGAAUGGGCGUUGGUCUCGGAUACAACUACUGCUUCGUGGAUCUGAAGACGAAAGUCAAAUAUGUACCAACGCAUUAUAAGUACAGAGGAAGUCCUCGGUUAUCUUACGUAAGAGAAGAAGAACCAGGUCCCACGACACAAGAUGUAAAAGAUGCAGAAAAAGCUCAAAUUAUACCAAAACUGGAAAAAACGGAGAGCCCAACUGUCCUUAAUCAGUCGGUAGUACUGCUGGGCAAUAAUACGACUCCAUUUGUUGUAUAUAAUAUUUCGAUACCUUAUCAUAACGAUGAUGAUGACUUCACAGUUGCUCCGUCAAACACAAUUUCCUUUGCUAACACCUCACGCUAUCAGACAGGAGCUGACGAAACUACAACUGAGGAACCUACAACUGAGGAACCUACAACUGAUGAACCUACAAUUGAGGAUCCCACACCUGACGUACCUGCUGAGGGUGCCGAUGAUGAUAGUGAGACUACUGUUUAUAGUUCAGAAGACGGUAUUAACGAACUUGAUGAGCCUACCCCAGAGGCUCCGAUUAACAGUAAUGAUCCCAACAAUAGGAGAGUAAGGAGACUUGUUAUACCAAUCAGUAGUUUGGACUUGGAUAGCCUUUUAUCCAAACUAAAGGCCGAAAACAAAAAAUAUUCAUUCCGGAUUAUUGCGACCUAAUGAUGUUUAUUUUUAAGCUAUUUACAAGGUUUUUGAUUUUUAUGUGAAUCUGUUGCUAUUUUACAUAUUUUAUAAGUUUUGUAGUGAUGUUCAUUUAUUUAUUUUUUAGUUCAUCAUUUUUGACCAUUUAAAUAUGUUUUUAUUUGUACGCAGUCUAUUGACAAGGUUUUAGUAUGAAUCUGUUGUAUGUGAUAUUUUAUAUACACACCUAAGUUUUUUAGUAAUUUAUUGUUUAAUGUAUUAUAGUACAAAUAUAUUUUUAAUUUGUA